GGUAGGUAAGGAACGUCCUUGUCCUAGCAGGCUCACACACUGACUGCCUCCACCAGGGUUUGGGGAUCUCUGUCAUUCACUUGAACUUGAAUAAAAGCUGAUUUUUCAGACAUGAUGGCAGCUAGGUUUCUCCGCCGUGCUCUCCCCGUGAUGAGGCAGGCUCGCUGCUACGCCGAGGCGGUCUCCGGAUCCCCGCAGAUGUCCUUCACGUUCGCCUCCCCGACACAGGUAUUUUUCAAAGAGGCCAGUGUGAAACAGGUGGAUGUGCCCACACUCACUGGUGCGUUUGGCAUCCUUCCUGCCCACGUUCCCACCCUGCAGGUGCUCCGACCCGGGGUUGUCACAGUCAUCGGUGACGACGGCUCCUCUACCAAAUACUUUGUGAGCAGUGGGUCAGUAACAGUCAACGCUGAUUCUUCAGUGCAACUGCUCGUUGAGGAGGCUGUCACUCUGGACCAGCUGGACAUUGCUGCUGCCAAGGCCAAUCUGGAGAAGGCUCAGUCUGAGUUGACCGGCGCAUCUGACGAGGCAGGCAGAGCGGAAAUUCAGAUCAGCAUAGAGGCCAGCGAGGCCAUCGUCAAGGCUCUGGAGUAGACCUGUGGUAAUCUUUUCUGUUUCUUUGAUGGAAAUUAAUGGUCCAUCUGUGUUUCCAGCUCAGUCACGUCAGUGUCCAGAAGAUUCCAUGCUUGCUUUGUACAGUGGAUAAAAUUACAAAAUAAAUUUAUUUGGAAAUACCUGCUA